GAAUACGUUGACGAGUUCGGAGACAACUGUACAAAAUGGUUUGAAUGCUAUACGACAACACAAUUUGAAUUCGACUUUCUCGAAUUCAACGCAGCAACUAUUCAUAUCAUUGCUCUUUACCUUUCCGAACAAGAACAAGACCUCGCAGAUGGAGAUGUUGUUACUGUCGUCAUGAAAACUCCUGAACAAUUCGGAAAAAAGAAGUCUCUAAUUGCCAAAUUUGUUCCAGGACAUCAGCUUUUCCAACGCACAGAAGUCUUCUGUAUUCCUGGAACUAAGUUCUUUGUCAAGAGCGAACUCAAACAAAGAUAUAAUGUGUCAUUCAAUUACACAUUAUAUAAUGUUUUCGACCCAGAAGAAGACUUCUUCCCAGAAGCAAUGGAAGAGGAAGAAGAAGAGAAACACGAAGAAGAGAAACACGAAGAGUCCUCCGAAUUCACACCAGAAGACUAA